CGUUGAAAGUAGUUCAGGGAGUCCUGCCCACGGUGAUACCAUCCCCCAACUUCACUUCCCCCCUCGCGACGACUUCGAACUCCCCGCUCUUCUCUCUGUAUCUCUCGAGGAAAAGAAAUGGCAGCCGCCUCCAGUUCCCUUCUAUCUCCCACUCUUUCUCACUCUCUGAACAAACCCAGAAGGUUCUCUCCGACCGGGCUCUCUCUUUCUUUCUCUGUACCUCGUUCUCUCUCGCUUCAAUCCUACCACCGGUCCAAUUCCGUCACAUGCUGUUCUCUCAAUGGAGGGGACAACACCAGCCAAGACAUACCCAUUGAAAAUAGAUACCCAGCAUUUCCUACAGUCAUGGAUAUUAAUCAGAUACGGGAAAUUCUGCCCCACCGGUUUCCAUUUCUGUUAGUGGAUAGGGUGAUUGAGUACAAUCCUGGGGUUUCUGCGGUUGCUAUCAAGAAUGUGACUAUAAAUGAUAACUUCUUUCCCGGGCACUUCCCCGAGAGGCCUAUUAUGCCUGGUGUCCUCAUGGUUGAGGCAAUGGCCCAGGUUGGAGGUUUGGUUAUGCUGCAGCCAGAAGUGGGAGGGUCCCGUGAAAACUUCUUCUUUGCAGGAAUUGACAAAGUGAGGUUUCGAAAACCUGUGAUCGCAGGAGACACUUUGGUGAUGAGAAUGACACUUGUUAAGCUGCAAAAGCGGUUUGGCAUAGCAAAGAUGGAAGGGAAAGCAUACGUUGGAGGUGAGGUGGUAUGCGAGGGGGAGUUCUUGAUGGCUACAGGGAGUGGCUGAUGUGCUCAGUUUCUAAUGCUUCAGUUUUUGUGUUUCCUCUCAAUAUGUCGUUACUUUCUUUCCUUUUACUCUUUUUGGUUGCAAGUACAUUAUUCUUCUGAUAUGAAACUCCAGGGGUUGCAAAACUUCAGAAGUUAUCAGACUCGAUUAUUGUUACAUAGUUUUUUCAGACGCUUAAGUUCCCUUUGGUGCCAAAGGUAUGAUGGGAUGAACCAACCAGUCAUGAAAAUGACUAGCAUUGGAAUUUUGUUUGAAUGGCCAUUUAAAUGCUGGGUUGAUUUUGUGUAA